CGAGGCCUCUGACAAGUUCUCGUGUGGCCGUGAGUGCCCGUGUCUUGGGGACCAGGGCUAUUUCAAGAGCAUGUACAACAUCACGAGUUAACUCGAUGGGGGGCACUCCACUCAGUACCUACGGCACUGUGGCGGACAUGGUACGCGCUGGCUCGAAGAAGCCGAACACAAUCCUCGCGGAGGCUCUCUUUCGUCUCGAGGCGCAGCUUGGACACGUUGCGCUUUCGGCACGGUACCACCAGCUCCCAAGAAGGAUCGAAGACGACUACACCCUAACGUCUCAGGUGUUGGGCUCUGGUGUCAGCGGUAGCGUGAUAUGUGCCAGCCGCAAAGGCUGUCAAUCUGGUCAGCUGUACGCCGUGAAGUCUUUUAGCCUGAAGCAGGUUGCGACCGACAAGCGCAAGCAAGUCGCCGCCGAGGCCGAACUCUUCCUGUGUAUGGACCAUCCGAACGUUGUCCGCCUAUACGAUGUCUACGAGUCCUACGACUCCUUGCACCUGGUGAUGGAGCAGCUGGAUGGGGGGGAGCUGUUCCACCGCGUCAAGGCGCAGGAGGCUGUCUCGGAGCGCGAGGCCGCGGAGGUUGCCUGGCAGGUCCUCCUGGCAUUGAACUACAUCCACAGCCACGGCAUCGUCCAUGGAGACGUCAAGCUUGAGAACAUCCUCUACGAUUCCAAGGAGUCGAAGCACCUGAAGCUCAUCGACUUCGGCUUCAGCAGGCGCUGGGACCCCUCGCAGCGAGGCGUGUCCGGAGGCGCAUGCGGCACCCGGUCCUACGUCGCCCCAGAAGUAGUGCUGGGACGGCCUUGCACAAGCCAGUCCGACAUGUGGAGCCUCGGCGUUGUCAUCUUCAUGCUGCUCGCACGCUACAGGCCUUUCUCCAAUGCUGCGGAGACCGUGGAGGGAAAGUUCAAGGUCGUGCCCGGAAGGUGGAAGCACGUCUCGAAAGAGGGGAUGCACUUCAUCGCUUCCCUGCUCACCGUGGGUCCAGGGAAACGACUGACGGCAGAGGGCGCCCUUCAGCAUCCCUGGAUCGCGAGGCGGCAUGCCCGGGGCAUCCACCAGGUGGACCCGAUGACCGUAGAGGCUUUGCGCAGCUUCAGCCACUGCCCGGUGUUCCGCCGCUGCUGCAUGCAGGUCGCUGCGUGGUCGCUCAGUGAGAAGGAGUGCGCGCCCGUGGAGGACAUCUUUCUCGAGAUGGACGCCAAGCACGAGGGCCGCAUCACCCUCAGCGAGCUGCGGCAGGAGCUGCCAGAGGACCAGGUGGACGAUGCAGAGGUCCGGCAGAUCUUCGACGCGCUCGUGGCAGACCACGACCAGGAGAUUCACUACUCCGACUUCCUGGCGGCGAUGUUGGACACGCGUAUCAAGCUGACCGACGACUUGCUGCACUAUGCUUUCGAGAGGUUCGACGUGCGCCACUGCGGGCACAUAUCCAUGUCGAACGUCCUCGAAGUCCUGGGCGAGCACUUCGGAGGGCAUCGGGUCCUGUCGCUCGUCCAGGAGGCCGGCCUCUCGAAGCAAGGCACGCUCUCCUUCCGGGAGUUCGAGGCCUACAUGCGAGGGAGGGGGCUCCCGAGCGCGAGGAGGCCGCCGGGGGUGCGGCCGUGCUGCGCCCUGCAGUAGGGGCGCAGCGGCGGUGCACGGGUCUGCUGGCCUGCUCGGGCCCUGUGUCAAGCAGCGGCGAAGCGUCCGGGCUCGCCUAUAGCCCUACCAGGCAAUGUUCUAAGAACUUUUUUUGUAACAUUUUUGGGUUCUAAGAAAAUUUCGUGGUAUGACUAUAGGAAUGCCGGGACGGUCGGUCCCUGCUCAACUGUGGCGCAGCGGCCUCCGCACUCCUGCGGUCUGCGGGUGGAGUCGUCACUGGCAGGGUCGCGCCCCGUCCACGCAGCCUGCGUGGCGCGCGGGCUCGCGGCCUCAAGCGCCGCGUGCGCGCCGCGGUGGAGGCGGCCGUGGCCGCGGCUGAAGGCGCCGUCGCGGGCACACUGCUGCAGGCUUUCGGUCGACGUGGCCCACUUUUUGCGCCGCUGCCCGCGGGAGAGAGCACCCCGCCGGUCCGCACAAGACGCUGGCGGGGCACGCGGUCGUACGCGCCGGGCGUUGUUCAACGGGGAGGGCGUUACAGUCGGGGCCCUGAAGAAGGAACCCUUUUCGUUGUGGAGGGGCUCCGCGU